AUGAAGGCCACAAUACCGACAGAUCGUCGCACUCAAUUAAUGUACUCAAAAUUCGCUGCCAGAACUCCCUCGCCACUGAGGAGUGAGAUUAUGCCGGGCGAAGAACCACAAAAGCCCUCUACGCGGAGAACUCACUCGAAAUCAAGUGCACGUUCAGAGCAGCGCAAAUCCCGUGCAACAUCUACAAGGACAUCGUCGCUAGAUGACUAUCAACCACACGCCUGCGAGAUCGUACCCGGGUUCCUCGUAAGCGACACACACACUGCUACAUCGCCCGAAAUACUCGACGAGCUCGGCGUCACGCACAUGAUUUCCCUCAUGCGCGACGGCGAGCCGUCGUACACGCCCGAUAUUAACCACGUCUGCAUCCCCAUCGAUGUCACGGCACAGUCGAAACUCAUCCAAUCCUUCGACUGCGCAGUAGUGUGGAUUGCAACUGCGAUGCGUGCUCGCGGGACCGUGCUCGUGCAUUGCAUGUGGGGGACGAGUCGCACAACGCGGUCGCCGUCGUCAGAUCGAGGCGUGCUGUCCUGA